AGAUAGAGGUUAGAGGUUAAGAUCUGUGGUUAAGAUUUAUUUUGGUAAAAAACCCGUUGCUUUUUUUGUUAAUUUGUUUAAUCACUACGAAAUUGGACAUUGUGUAAAUAUUGUACUUAAAUAUAGUUUUAAAAUAUAACUAGGAUAUGUAUGAAAAUGUUACUAAAGUGAAUAGUUUAAUUGUUUUAUAAGAUUUAUAAGAAACGAUAUACCUACUCAAAUACUUUAUAUUCAGUAUUAACAUUAGGUCCUGAAAAUGGAGAAUAUAAAAGACGAUGAUGAAGAGCAUGCCAGUGAAGAAGGAUCGAUUGAUGUUGCAACUGUCUUUCGAAAUAUAUAUUGUUCGUGUGAUAUUGAUGGUACUGAUUCAGUUCCUGUAUCAAGGUUGAUAGAAUUUAUUCAUCCGUUUAUGAUAGAAGAUUUAAAUGCAUUGGAAGAGUUGAAAAAAUCAUUAGAUCCAGAAAAUAAAGAUAUUGUUGUUACUAGUGAAAGAUUUUACGAUGUGAUUAACCAGUGGAGUCGAAAAAUUGCAGCAGGAUCACCGCCUGAUGAUUUUUACCCUUCUAAUCCCAUAAUUGCAAUUGAUGAUACUCAAUUACCUUACACUCAUUCUACACCUAGGACCAGUUUAGGUGACAAACUAUUAAAAUGCAAAGACCUCCUUAAUUUGUCCAACAUGUCUGGUUAUAGUUUGUCCACUAGUAGGCUAGAUACAACAAAUCAUACUGAUAUUGAAAAAACCGCUCUAGAGGAAGAGGUGAAAAGAUUGGAACGUCAAUUAUUGAAACUAACAAACGAACUGACAAUCACGAAGCAGCAAUUAACAGCUUCUGAAGAACAAAAUGAUGUAUUACAACAAAAUUUUGACAGAUUAAAUAAAAAACUACAUUGCGAGCAACAAAUUAACGAAGAUUUGCAGAAAGAAAUUGACAGAAAAAACAGUGAAGAACUGAAAGAAGAAGUAAACACUCUAAAAGAGACGAUCGACACCUUAAAAAAGAACCUGUUGCAGUCAGAAAAAGACAAUCUAUAUUUUAAAAGUCAAAUUAGUGAAGUUGAGGAAGAGAAAGCCGAGUUGGAAAAAAAUAACGGGAUACUGACCAAACAAAAUCAAGAGUGCUUGAGGGAGAUAGCUAAUGUUAGGGCCAAUUUGGAAUCUAAGGAAGAACAAGUUUCUGUAAUCCAAAAGGUUUACGAUGAGCUAAAUGAACAAUAUGCCGAACAGAGGGAUACUAUUGAUCAAUUGAAACAACGAAUUGAGAUUCUAAGCGAAAACAAAGUAACCCUCGAAAAGGUCUUGAAGAACAAAUUAUCGAUAUCUGGAAGCUUAUCGUCAGGUCUAGGUAAUUCUAAUAUUUCUAAUGCACCCCCGUCAUCUGUAACUUCGCCCUAUGAAAAUUGCGGUUGUCCAUGUCAUAGCCCUAGUAACGUACACCACCAAUGCGGCUCCCAAGUUAAAUCUUCUGCGAUUCGAAAAAUGGUCUUGCUCAAAAAUACUACUACGCCAUUUUCGCCUUCUUCUCCGGACGAAACUUCACCGGUAUUUUCUACAAACGGUUUCGACAAAGAUCGGCAUGAGAGUAGUGAGGAAGAUUUAAAUUGGAAAUUGGUGUCAUCUAAUAUCAGUGGUGAUGAUGGGGCGGAACAAAAUGGAAACUCAGAGUCAUUGCAAUUAGAAAUACGCAAGGCCGAUGUCAGACUGUCACAUUACAAUUCAAAUUCCAGUAUGGUUGAAAACUACGAUUUAGUCUCGACCUUGAAAGAUGAAGUGAUAACUUUGAAGGAAGAGUUAGAAGAUCUCCAAACCGAAAGAACGGAUCUAAUAAAAGAAUUAGAAGAACUAAAAAAUAACAACAAGGAUUUGCGCGAACGCAAUUUCGUUUUAAUAAAUGACGUCGAAACAAGUCAAACUGAGAUUACUUAUUUGAAAGAAAACGCUGAAAAACAGAUGCGGGAAAACGAAGAACAAUUUAAUAAGAAAAUGCUUGAAAAGGAAUUGGAACUUAAGCAGUUUAAAGACAAUUUAGAGAGGAACAUUGUAAAAGAAUUUGAAGGUAAAGUGAAAGAUUCCGUUGAAGCGGAAGAGCAAAUUCUGAACUUAGAUUUCAAGUGUAGCCAGUUAGAACAAGAUCUGAAAAAUGUUUCAUCUCAGCUGAGAGUUAAAGAACAACGUUUAACUGAGACCCAAGAACAUACAAAAUCCUUGAAGUCAGAAAUCGAUGUGUUACAAACGACUGUUUCAAAAUUAGAAUCGGAAAAAGCUUACGAAAUUACGAAAAUAAAUUCGACACUAGUAGAGGUUCAGAGGCAUGUGGAAAAUAGAGACGCGAUAAUAAAUGAGCUUAAAGCUAUAAAUGAAUGUAUGAGUUAUAACCUUCAUCAGUCGGAAACAUCAUUAAUGCAAAAAAUGGAGGAAAUGUUGUAUUUAAAAGAUGGCUUAGAGCAAGAUAUAAAUGUAAACAAUAAGUUGUGGCAUCAAAUGGCUAUGCUGCGAAACGAUUUAACAGAAUCGCAUAGAUUAAACGAAGAAUUAACUAGAAAGUUUGAUGACCUUAAGAUAGAACAUAAUACUUUACUUAUUACGCAUGAUGAAGAAGUACAGAAAUGUAUCAAAUACAAUGCCGAAAUCAGUCUCCUAACUGAAGAAAAUAACACUUACGUUUCAAACUAUAAAAUACUUCAAGAAGACUUUAAAAAACUAGAAACAGAUUAUAAAUCACAAACUAAAGCGAGAGAAAAACUUGAACAAAACCUAUCAAGUUUAAAUGAACGUAUCAAAGAAUUAAACGAGAUAAUUAAUGUAAAGAAAUCCGAUGGCUCAUCUCAAACUGAAGUAAUUGAUGAUAUAAGUGAAGAAGCAAGUGAAAUUCUUGAAGAAUUAGAAAGAAAAUUGAUUAGCGAAAUGUCGAAAAAUAGUAGUAUGGUCGAGGAAUUACAACAGGUCAAAACAGCUCUAAACAAAAAAGAUUUUGAAUUAGCUGCACUUAAACUAAAGGUAAACGAGAACGAGACUGAAAUGACAAAAAGAAUAGAAGAAUUCAUUGAAAAACAUAAUAAAUUAUCUGAAGAAUUGUUUAAAAGUCAGAAUAAUAACCAAACUGAAAUUGCUAGUUUGAAAAAAGAAUUGGCCCAAAAAACUAAAGAAAAUAUCUCGAUAAAUAACGAACUGGAUCGUUUAAGAAAUCAAUAUGCUGCCAAGGUUAAAGAAACUCAAAAUAAUGAAGCAAUUCUAAUUAAAAAACAAAAAGAAAUGGAUAAUGAAAUUACUAUUUUGAAAAAAGAAUUGGCUCAAAAAACUGAAGAAAAUAUCUCGAUAAAUAACGAACUGGAUCGUUUAAAAAAUCAAUAUGCAGCCAAAGUAAAAGAAGCUGAAAGUAAUCAGGUCAUUCUAAUUGAAAGGCAAAAAGAAAUGGAUACUGAAAUUACUAUUUUGAGAAAAGAAUUGGCUGAAAAAACUGAAGAAAACAAACAAACCAAAAAUCAGUGUGUAGCCAUAGUAAGAGAGGCUGAAAAUAAUCAAGUCGUUUUAACUGAAAAGCAAAAAGAAAUGGACGGACUUCAAAUAAAAUAUGAUAAUUUACUCAUCGAACUGAAAGAAAUACAAGGUUUGCAUAAAAAUUCUGAGUUAAUCUUAAAUAACACAAAAAUUGAAUACGCAAGUUUGGAAGAGAAAUUCUUGGUUUUGUCGGAAAACAAUAUGCAUCAAAUUGAUCUUGUUAGGCAAUCUGAACAGAUACUUCGAGAAAAUCGCGACGAAUUGAAGAAAGUGUCUUUUGAAAAAGAAAUCUUAGAUAACGAACUGAUAAAAUUAAAAGAUGUAAAUGCAAAACUACAAGAGGAAUAUAUAAAAAUUCUAACCAACUUUGCGACACUGGAGGACGAUUUAAAGAAAGUUCGCCGCGAGAAAGAAUUUUUAAAUAACGAAUUAUCGAGGCUGACUGAAGUAAAUACACAACUAAAUGCCGUAGAAUUGGAAUUGAUAGAAACUAAAAAAGUGUUAGAGAAAAAAUCGGGACUCAACACUUCCAAUAGCGAGAAAGAUGUCACUAAGGGUAAAAGUUAUUUCCGACAACAGAUGACCAUUGAUCGAUUGAAGGAAAAAGUGGAAUGUUUGGAGGCUGAACUGCAAAGGGAAAAGUCGAAAUAUGAAGAGUUGAAAAUAAAAUUAUCUCUGGCAGAUAGUGAAAUAUUAAGUUUGAAGGCGAUUUCCGCAAAGGACGAGGCGAACAUUGAAAAAUGUUUAUCUGAUUGUACAAGCGAGAGCAAGACGGUUAACAAGUUCACCUUAUGUUCUGCAAAAAUCCAGACCACUUGUCCAAGUGAACCCAUACUCACCCCAUCAGAGACUGUGAUAGAAGUGCCUCCCUUACAUAUAAAAGACUUGGCUGCCGUCGUUCAAGACAUAGAAUUAAAUAGUGAUUGUUCAAAAGACGAAUUAGAAAAUAAAGUAUUAACAGUUAUUUCCGUUUUUCACGACAAUUCAAACAAUAAAGAAGAAGAAAUUAUAUAUCACACCGAAAAAUAUAAAAAACAGUAUGAAAGAAUUGUUACGCUGCUCAGUGAUGUUUCACAACGUUUAAGGGAUCACGUUUGUAUCGGAACAGCUGAACCUAUUAUGCCAGUAUUUGUUUUGCUGGAAGAGAUUAAAAUUCAGAUGAAACAGCUUGUGGAGAACGUUGGACAAGUUGGUGCCUUACUUUAUGAGAAUAAUUUGAAGAAAUUUUGGAGUCUGUUUAACGAAUACGUAUCAAGUGUUAAGACGCAUGAGGAAUUUUUACCAUGCGAACCUCUAGAAGAAAACGUCCUAAGAAAAAGGCACAGAAAAGAAAAAGAUACCGGAAAGCAAAAUCAAGAGACUAAAAAGUCGUCAGACAGAAAACGCUUCUUGCCUAAAAAACUAAUGGUAUUGGUACUUAGUAUUCUAGCGAUAGCACUAAUAAUAAGUUUAAUAGUUCACAUGAACUGCCGGAUGACCGUUUCCGAAAGCCAGUACUGUCCUUUGGACGGUAUUAUUACUAGAAUUAACGAAGGUCUGCCACCUAUGUAAAUAUCUCGUUAGAAAUAUAUAUUUGUUUAUAAUGUAACGUUUUGUUUUUGUAUUAAGUCUAUAAAUCUUUGUAUUUUUUGUUACAAUAAAAACCUUGUUUUUGUUUAUAUUUCGUUGAAGUGAAUAAGAAUAAAUCUUCAAUUUUCGUACAUUUUG